UGUCUGAAGCUUCUGGUGUUUCCAUUGCCCAUUACAAAUAUAAUCACAGAUAGUUCUUUGUUGAAGCAAAAUAGCAUCUUAUAUUUGCUCUUGGCAGUAUGAAUACUUUUAGAGACAAAACAUUUGAUUGCGUCUACAGAGCAGGGACUUUUGCAGGCUUCCCUGGAUUCUUAACCUCUGAUACAGUAAGCAGUCUGGUAAAAAAAUGGGCUGUAUUAUGCUGGGCCUGGGAGGGCUCUGAGGUGCUGUAUGUGUGGUAACACUAUCCAACAAUGGAACUGUGAAUUGUCUGCCUUUCAGCAGCACAGAAUGCUUUAUUCAAACUGUGAGCUUUCCAGAACAGAGCUUCAAAGCUCAAGGGAUGCAGCUUUCAAUACAUUUCAUUCCACUGGAGCUGGGACACACAAACAUGUGCAUGGCCAGUGGCAAAAUUCAGCUACUGCAUCUGAACUGAGCCAUCAAAGUACACCAGCUAGAAAUUCACAGCUUACCCAGACUUCUGCUAUGUUCAGGGACGGCAGGGUGGACAAAUAUGGGUACAAGCCAUCAAUGUGUAAUGUGCUGAAGAGACUAGAGACAUUCCAGGAAUGGUUGGUUGGAGCCCCAGUCUCUGCUUUGGACCUUGCCAGGGCUGGGUUCUUUUUUUUGGGUUAUGGAGACCGUGUACAGUGUUUCUCCUGUGGUGGAAUUCUUAUGCAUUGGGAGGAAGGGGAUAGGCCCUUCCAUGAACACAAAAAGCACUUUCCCAACUGCAGUUUUGUGCAAAGAGAAGCCGAAGAUAUUUCCAACUCUCAGAGUCUGACAGAUUCUGUGGAUGGGCAGUUACUCAGCCAGCUUCAAAGAAUAGCUGUGGAUGAAACAGCCCAAAGAAGCCAGCCAGCAUACCCCGAGAUGGAGACCGAAGAGAGGCGAGUGGCUACUUUCAGUAGCUGGCCCCAGUAUGCAGCAGUACAGCCAGAGCAGUUAGCUACGGCCGGGUUCUUUUACACAGGCCAGAGUGACAAUGUCAAAUGUUUUUUCUGUGAUGGUGGCUUGAGGAACUGGGAGACUGGAGAUGAUCCUUGGAGGGAGCAUGCCAAGUGGUUUCCACGGUGUGAAUUUUUACUGCAGAUAAAAGGGCAGGACUAUGUUACUGCAGUCCAGGAAAGCUACUUUAGGUUCUGGCUCUGUAAUGAGGUUCUGUUCUUAGCUUUGCCUUCAGGCCUUGCAGAUGAUAUCAAGGCAAAACGUCUGGAUGCUCACUUGGAUAACCAGAGUUUGGUACUGCUGUGGCUUAGCUUUUCAAGACAUUACAGAAUCAAGUUUAUAACACUUACCACUGUUGGCGGCAGUCAGUGUUCUAGGUCAUCUUUCUCUUGGCGUUUCCCAGCAGGUGUCGUGGGAUUACAGGACUUGCCUGCUCUGUUGCAGAGCCCUAUUGUGAGGCAGGUACUUCAGAUGGGCUUCGAUCGUGGCUUGGUGGAGAACCUGGUUAAGAGUAAGUACCUGCUCAGUGGGCUGCGGUAUACCUCCGUCACUGACUUAGUCUCUGAUCUGGUGCAAGCUGAGGAGGAAGAGCAGACAGCAAGCCAGGAGGACAGAGAGUCUGUGCAGAGGCCAGUAGAGGCACUAGAUAUAACUGCAAGAUCAGCCAGAACUCCAAGAGGCAAUGUUUCAGGGUUAAGUGCAGAAGAGCAGUUGCGACAGCUACAGGAAGAACGUCUCUGCAAGGUCUGCAUGGAUAAGGAAGUGUCCAUUGUUUAUAUCCCUUGCGGCCACCUUGUUGUAUGUUCAGACUGUGCUCCCAGCCUCAGAAGAUGCCCAAUUUGCAGGGCAGUGAUUCGUGGCAGUGUUCGCGCAUUCAUGUCUUAAUUAACAGAAGGUUAAACUGUUCUUCCUUGGAAGAUUUAUGUGCCUAGUUUAAACCGAGAGAAGACCUGUUUUGAAUUGUUGCUGACCUCAGUGCAAUGAAACCUAGAUCACUAAUGCACUCAGAGAAAAUGAUAUAAAAUGUAUUAUACAACAGUAAGAAUCCAAGAUGAAAGAAGUAAUGACAGAAGCAUAACCAUGUUGCGGAACACAUUUUCCACAGAAUUUGCUGCAAAUGCUUGCAUAUUUUUCUGAGAAAUAUAGUGUAAGCAAGUCUUUUGAAAUCUGUAAAAAAACCUUCGUAAGUGCAGCGGGGAACAUGUAGUUCUGCUUCCCCAUUGCAGAGUGCGGUAACGUCGGUUUGUAAAGAGAAGUACACUGCAUGUCCUUUAGACAGAUCUCCUCCUCAAAUGCUUUGUAGUGAAAAUAAAAAAUAGAAUGAAUGGUACAGCUAAAUGGGGACAGCCUUCCUAGCGCCAUUUCCUGUUUAAGCUGUUUUAAGUGAUUCACUACAUCUGCUGCUGAAAAAUAAUGUCUAUGGUGCCACCUUCUGGUCAAAAUUGGAAGUAAUGUUCCUCUGGAGAAGAGAAUUUCUGCAGCCUGUAUCUGUCAUUACCUUUGGUUCUUCAGGAUCCAGAGUAAAAACAACUCCCUGUACUUCUGGGUGAGAGAGGGUAUCAGCUUUCUUUGCAUAAAAAUGAUGUUAAAACUCAGAUUUCUGUACAACUUUAUCUUUGGCUACCAAUAACCAUGACAUAUGUGUUCUAGAGGAUUGCUUAUUUAUCUCCAAUCUUUCAUCCCAGACCUUUUUGCUCCAUUUCUAUGGCAGUGCUUAAAGAGCGCUGCAUAAGGAAAAAUCCUGUACACUGUGAUUUCUGCAAGAAGAAAAAAAUAUUGCCAUACUCAUGAAUAGUUAAUAUAUGAUCUAAUUUGAGUUUUGUGACUUUGCUGCUCUAGCCAUGCAUUAUAUCUACUAUUGUGUUCACUUUCCUCUUUGAAAGCUGUAAACAAUAAAGCUAUUUGUAUAGCCAAAGUAAGACACAUCAGUGCAUUUGUAAUAGGAUAGCUGCAGUUUUUUUCCAUCUAGGUGAGGCACAAUGCUUCAUGUGCUGUUUUGCUUAAAAUAAUUUUUUAUAAGGAUAA